UGGUUAAUUAUUAUCAUGCUAUCAUACAAGAAUUUUGAGCUCAUUCCAAAAUCUGUUUUAGGUGAACAACCUGCGAAAGGCUUAUGGGGUAUCAAACACACACGAAAACCAGUAGAUAUUUUGGUAGCAGCUGCAAAAAACGUCUCGGAGAAUGGACCACUACCCUUAGUAACAGUCGAGGUCUCCACAGGAGGACUAAAGAUUCUUCAGCACUCUCCGAAAUCAAAAUCAAAGAGCCUGCCAAUAAAUUCUUUCAAAGUCGACACGAUCUCCUACGGCGUGCAGGAUUUAGUUUACACACGCGUGUUUUGCAUGAUCAUCGUAGACGACACGAACCAAAAGGGCGCUUUACCAUUUCAUUGUCACGCAUUCGUUUGUGAUUCCAGAGCGCAAGCCCGAAGAUUGACGUACGCACUUGCCGCUGCUUUUCAGGAGUUCGGCAACAAAGUAAAAGAGGGUUGCGAUCUUCCUUACGUCAAGAAAAAAUUCGCCAUCGAUUUGCGUACUCCGGAAGAACUUGGACGGGCAAGUGAUGAAGAAACUGAAGCUUAGAGUUAGAGUUACCUUUUAGUUUUUAAUGUUGUUAUUAAUAGUCGUCGUGUAAGUAAACGUGGAUUUAAUUUGUUUUUA